ACAGCCUGCACUAGGAGGGUUGAAACUGGCGGCUUGAGUGUUAACUCACCCAUGUAAAGCGACCACCGGAGCUCACCGCUGCAAUAACUAAGCCUGUCUUGGCAGUAAGAUGAUUGGUUGACUGUAAAAACAUCUGCCUGACGCUUGGUUGCAGAGCGUGAACGGGUGUUGAGGAAGCGUCUCUCUAUCACGGACGAGCAUGUGAGCAAGUAGCCUACAUCUUUUGAUAGUAUCGUUUAAUGGCACCUUACGCUAUUGAAUUGGGAUGAUACUAAUUCAUCUCCUAGUAGGUGUCCAUUAGCCUAUCAAUUUAGUCACUGCGCGCAAGUGGUUGGUUUCUGUUAUGCUCAAUGGAGAGCAAACUGAUUCUUCUCUCUGUCGGUAAAAGCAGUCACGGUAUGGCUUUUUUUCUUAUGCAUCUGCUUCUGCAAAUGGGAUUCGUUUUCGGAUCUAAUUAUGGGUAUGUGGAAUGGUCGGAUAACGACAAAGACGCUGAAAUACGAUCGAAGAACCCCACUAUGUACAGCACUCAAAAUAUCAACAAGGAAUCGAUGCACCAUCCAACUUCUUACCCAGGACCCUUCACGGAGCGCACCAUUGUGGCGCACAAAAUCGAAGAGGACCUGCCUAGGGUGGUAACAGCUUUCCUGCACACGGGAGACUCGUCGGCUCUUGAACAAGUCAACUGUUCUCGGAGGUAUGAGUUGAGUAGCCUCCGCGGUGGAACCAAUGUGGCCUCACACUAUUUUCUCCAUAGCGUGCUGGACACCAUGGCGCACGCAACCAACUUUCUGAACAUGAUUUUACAAGCCAACAGGUCAAGAGAGCACAGCCUUCGGAGGGAUAUUCACUGGUACCACGCACUGGUUCGGAGUAUUCUCGAGGGGGACCCCAAAAUUCACAGGGCAGUGGUUACAUUCCAUACUGAUGGUCCGACGCCGAGUCCCCAUGUUUUCCUUCAAGCGACAAGAACUGGAGGGGAAGUGGUUCUCCAGGACCUUUCCAUCUCCGCUCACCACCAUCUCAAGAGCAGGAGCCCGGAUUCUGAGUGGUUUAACGAGUUCAGGGACCGAAAAAAAACGUACAUACAGAGAAGGGCGUCGAGCCGAGACCCAGUAGCCACUCAAAAUGGCUACAUUCUCGACAAAAGUCAAAUCAAAUGGUCUGCGCCUUACCUGGAAUGCGAGCAUGGGAGUUUCGUACCACACUGGCUACUCACCUUGUCUGCAGGGUUCUAUGGUCUGAAGACAAAUUCCGCGCCCGAGUUCAGGGGUGUGGUUCGAGUGGACAUCAACCUCCAGGAUGUGGACAUUGACCAGUGCUCCAGCAGUGGCUGGUUUGCUGGAACUCACCGCUGUAAUCUAACCAGCAUGGAUUGCAAUCCCAUUGUCGGACAUGGAUUCGUGCUAGACAACUACAAGUGCCAAUGCCGGAGAGGCUUCUACCAUCCUAGCAGAGUGGCACUCAACGGCUUAACAAAGAGCGGUGGUCACGUUCACGGUGAGGACCCCUCGGAGGGGUCAAGUAGGUGUCUGCCAUGUCGUGAGGGCUGCCCCUACUGCCGGGAUGACACGCCCUGCUUGGCUCAGGAGGACGGAGCCCUUCGGCUUUCCGUAGCCUCCUUCCAGGGCCUCUGUAUGCUGCUGGACUUAGUGGCCAUGGUGCUGGUCUACCACUUCCGCAGGAACAAGAGGAUCCGAGCGUCUGGUCUCGUCCUCCUGGAGGCCAUCUUGUUUGGAGCCUUGCUUCUCUACUUUCCUGUGUUGAUACUGUACUUCAGACCCAGCGUGUUGCGCUGUAUCCUCCUGAGAUGGGUGCGUCUCCUGGGCUUUGCCACGGCCUACGGAACAGUGAUCCUGAAGCUUUACAGGGUGCUGAAGGUGUUCCUGUCCCGUACGGCACAGCGGACACCCUACAUCACCAGCUGGCGGGUGCUGCGUCUGCUGGGGGUCAUCCUGCUGGUGGUGCUGUGGUUUCUGGUGGCCUGGACCUCGGCCGUGUGUCAGACACCCGACCGGACGUCGGCCCUCAUCAAUGUGGGCCUCACCCCCGACGGGCUGCAGUUCAGCAUGUGCCUGCUGGACCGUUGGGAUUACAUGAUGGCAGUUGCUGAGUUCCUGUUUCUUCUGUGGGGAGUGUACCUCUGCUAUGCUGUCUGGACCGUACCGUCAGCCUUCCAUGAACCACGCUACAUGACUGUUGCCAUAUACAAUGAACUCCUCAUAUCGGCAGUAUUCCACACCAUUAGGUUCACUCUGGCUCCUCAGUGGCACCCUGACUGGAUGCUCAUGUUGGUCUUCACUCACACACACCUCACCGUGACUGUGUCUUUGGGGCUGCUGUUUGUACCAAAGUGUCUGUCCACAGUGACCCAGGCGAGUGAUGACAUUGCCACUGAAACCUAUGAAGAGGAGCUGGACAUGGGCCGGUCCGGGUCCUACCUCAACAGCAGCAUCACCUCAGCCUGGAGCGAACACAGCCUGGACCCCGAAGACAUACGGGACGAGCUCAAGAAGCUUUACGCCCAACUGGAAGUCUACAAGCGCAAGAAGAUGCUGGCCAACAACCCACACCUGCAGAAGAAGCGCAGCUCCAAGAAGGGCCUGGGCCGCUCUCUCAUGAGGCGCCUCACUGAGAUCCCGGAGACCUUGCACCGACAUGGUAGCUAUGGCAGCCGUGAGGAACGUGAGGGUAGCGAGCACGGGAGCAACCGCAGCACCCUUCGACGGAAUCCCUUCGACUCGUCCCAUUCAGGUCACAAGUCCAGGGAAGACUCUUUGAAGAACAAAGUUCUGGGCCUGAAUAAGUCACACAGCUACGACCACGUUUGUGACCAAGCUAAGGAAACUGCCGGCGGAGAGGGCUUGGGUGGGGACAAAAUGGCCACCGGCGAUGGUUCCUUGCUGGGAUCUCUCAUUAGGAGGCAGGUUAAGAAGUCACCGGAGCCUGCCCCAAAGGUGGAACCGGCCGAGUCAGUGCCCUUGGUCUGCAAGUCGGCCAGCGCGCACAACUUCACAGCGGACAAAAAGCCCAUUCAGCUGAGGACGUCCAUCAUGCAGAAGUCACUGAGUGUCAUCACCAGUGCCAAAGAGAAGAUGCCCGGGCUCACCAACAAGACCCAUAGCGCGGAGGAUGCCAGCAAGAAGGGACUCAAGGGGUGCGAUGGAAGGAUGCUGUCUGAGGUGGACGAGAUGGAGUGUUAUCCUAAGAUGAUCAUCAGCCAGUCGGUAGAGUACUCCAGGACACCCAUGGCCAAGAUGGGCAUCAUGAAGCAGCAGGUGAGUGGCAGCCAGCCGUCCAUCAAUACAGAGCCGGGGAGAAACCUGUAUGACCUCUCCGAGGUGUGCUCUUGGGAUGUGGAGGACCCCCCAACCCCGUCGGAUGGAAGGUCCCAGAAGCAUGUGUCCAUUGCUCUGGGAGAGACCACCACGGUCCACAGGGGUGAUGGUGGUGGUGGCACGGGUACCACCAAGGGUAGUCGCUCCCAACAGAAGCAGCAGAGAACCGCAGGGCAAUCGCCUGCAGGCCGACAGCGCUCCAAAGACAAGGGGUGUGAACGAGACGAGGCCAGAGAAACAAGGAAGCCCAGGUCUCCCAGAUCUCCGCUCCUGCUCAAACCGGAGGUGUGCCCCUGGGCCUUUGAGGUGCAGCCGAUGUUGGGAGGCGAUUCAGACUCCAUCUCUCCAGAGAGGAUCAGACGUAAGAGGAGCGUCACACCAACUGAUGGGAAGCCCAAGAUCCUCCACUCAGACUACUCCAAAUCCACAGGGAGUCUGCUGCAGCCGCCCACCCUGAUGUUGGACAUCUGUCCCUGGGACUACAAUGAAGCCCCAGCCCCACCUUCCCCCAGCCAGGAGAAGACCUGCUCCAGUCCCACGGCUCACUCCAAGCGGAAACGAAAAGGUUCGUGCUCCUCCAAAGAAAGGGGAGAGAGGGGUGAGAGAGAGAAAGGAGGGAGGGACAAGGAGGAGGAGAAGCAGCACAGGUCAAAGAGCAAGGAGAACUCCUCCAGCAGGCCCUCGGAAAGACCACGUGUCAGCCAAUCAUCAGAGGGUGUUCCGGUCACCGUGCCAACAUCUGGGAGACGGAGGAGCUCAACGAGGGACCCGGAGGCGUCGAAGAACAAGAGGGUAGAGGCGUGCCCGUGGGAGGUAGAGGACGCGCAUGCCAGCGUAGCACAGACAAAGCCUUCUCCAGCGAAAGAAAACUCUUUGAGUUCUAAUAACAAGCAACCCGUUAGCACUGCUAAAAGGGUUGACGUUUGCCCCUGGGAUUUUGAAGACAAUGGGUCAGAGAAAAGUGCAUGAUAAUCAAAAUGAUAGACUAUGUGUUUUGUAUUCACGACACAAAUGCCUUGCAAACUGGGUUUUAAAGAUAAGGGUACUGUGGUUAUGACUAAAUCAUUUUGUGAAGUAAAACAUGCAAUACGGUCUGUUAAAGCAUUCCAAACAAGGUAUUUGUUCAAAUACAAAGUCCUGUUGUUAGUUGUGCAGCUUAGUCACUAUCCGCAAUGUAGAGAAAUGUUUAGUCAGCACUAUUUGCUUGUACAUUUGCUCAGUUUGCAGUUUUGCGCCAUUUGUCACACUCUUUAAUACAUUAAACACGUCCUUACUACCUGUGAGGGAAUUUACACUGAAUGAAUUACAGACAACAAUCUGAUUUAGACAGGUUUGUACAAGAACAUGGAACUGAUUUAACCAGUCCAUUUUUGUAAACAACUAAUUGAUGAUGUUGCCACAUGUUCCAUUAUACUGGACUAGAGUUCUCUUUUGUCUGUUUCCUGCACCUGGGUCAUUCCAAUAUUCUAGACUGGAGUUCUCUUUUGUCUGUAUCCUGCACCUGGGUCAUUCCAACAUUCUAGACUGGAGUUCUCUUUCGUCUGUUUCCUGCACCUGGAUCAUUCCAACAUUCUAGACUGGAGUUCUCUUUCAUCUGUUUCCUGCACCUGGGUCAUUCCAAUAUUCUAGACUGGAGUUAUCUUUUGUCUGUUUCCUGCACCUGGGUCAUUUCAAUAUUCUAGACUGGAGUUCUCUUGUCUGUUUCCUGCACCUGGGUCAUUCCAAUAUUCUAGACUGGAGUUCUCUUUCAUCUGUUUCCUGCACCUGGGUCAUUCCAAUAUUCUAGACUGGAGUUCUCUUUCAUCUGUUUCCUGCACCUGGGUCAUUCCAAUAUUCUAGACUGGAGUUCUCUUUUGUCUGUUUCCUGCACCUGGGUCAUUCCAACAUUCUAGACUGGAGUUCUCUUUCAUCUGUUUCCUGCACCUGGGUCAUUUCAAUAUUCUAGACUGGAGUUCUCUUGUCUGUUUCCUGCACCUGGGUCAUUCCAAUAUUCUAGACUGGAGUUCUCUUUCAUCUGUUUCCUGCACCUGGGUCAUUCCAAUAUUCUAGACUGGAGUUCUCUUUCAUCUGUUUCCUGCACCUGGGUCAUUCCAAUAUUCUAGACUGGAGUUCUCUUGUCUGUUUCCUGCACCUGGGUCAUUCCAAUAUUCUAGACUGGAGUUCUCUUUCAUCUGUUUCCUGCACCUGGGUCAUUCCAAUAUUCUAGACUGGAGUUCUCUUUCAUCUGUUUCCUGCACCUGGGUCAUUCCAAUAUUCUAGACUGGAGUUCUCUUUUGUCUGUUUCCUGCACCUGGGUCAUUCCAACAUUCUAGACUGGAGUUCUCUUUCAUCUGUUUCCUGCACCUGGGUCAUUCCAAUAUUCUAGACUGGAGUUCUCUUUCAUCUGUUUCCUGCACCUGGGUCAUUCCAAUAUUCUAGACUGGAGUUCUCUUUUGUCUGUAUCCUGCACCUGGGUCAUUCCAACAUUCUAGACUGGAGUUAUCUUUUGUCUGUUUCCUGCACCUGGGUCAUUCCAACAUUCUAGACUGGAGUUCUCUUUCAUCUGUUUCCUGCACCUGGGUCAUUCCAAUAUUCUAGACUGGAGUUAUCUUUUGUCUGUUUCCUGCACCUGGGUCAUUUCAAUAUUCUAGACUGGAGUUCUCUUGUCUGUUUCCUGCACCUGGGUCAUUCCAAUAUUCUAGACUGGAGUUCUCUUUCAUCUGUUUCCUGCACCUGGGUCAUUCCAAUAUUCUAGACUGGAGUUCUCUUUUGUCUGUUUCCUGCACCUGGGUCAUUCCAAUAUUCAAGACUGGAGUUCUCUUUUGUCUGUUUCCUGCACCUGGGUCAUUCCAAUAUUCAAGACUGGAGUUCUCUUGUCUGUUACCUGCACCUGGGUCAUUCCAAUAUUC